UACGAUCACUUCUUCUCAGUCGCCGGCGCCAAAUUGAAAUUUAUACUUCGACCGACCGACCGACCGACCGACGAACAUCUAAGAUUUACAAGUGAAGACGAAGGAUUGAAAUGUUGAGACAAGCGAUCAAACGUGUUACCGUUGCACUGCAACCUUCACACAUGAUUAUAUCUCGACAAUCUUCAAGUGUUUCCUCUGCAAUCAACUCUAUCGUACUCAAAUCCCUCAAAGAACACUACCUUGAAGUCUCCAAAUUGUCUCCUCCACCUAAAGUAAACCCACCUGCACCCUUCACAGUUAUUAAAGGGUCACUUGAUAGUACUGGUCCUGUUUUGAAACGAAAUUAUGGUGAGGAGGAGAUUAGUCUGUAUGUUAUGCGAUUAGCGAAUAUUACUUCAGGUGGAGUAGGAGAUGAUGCUGAUGAGAGUGAAAAUGGAAUUAAUCAGUUGUUUCUUCAUGUGGAUAUCUCGAAGCCUGGUCAGAAAGAAUCUUUGCAUUUUUUGUGUGGGUUAUACCCAGAUGCAAUUGGAAUUCAUUCUGUUUCUAUGAGGCCAAAGCUUGAUAAUGCUGCUUCGGGAUUUCUUCAUAUUCCCACUAAGUAUCAUGGCCCUGAUUUUCAGGAUCUUGAUGAAAGAAUGAGAGAUGCAUUACACGGUUAUAUUGAAGAACGAGGCAUAAACGAGGCCCUAUUUCAUUUCCUUCAAGCUUGGCUAUAUGUGAAGGAUCACCGGAAUCUUUUGCGCUGGUUUAGAUCAAUUGGCCAAUUUGUCGAUGACCAGAAGAAAUCCACAGUUGCUGCUUCAACAGGUUAAAAUAGAUUCAAACAUCACCCCAAGGAUAGAUUGAUUAUUGCUGGUUUUAAGUUGAAAAUGAGAAAAGUUUCCAUUUUAUUAAUCCAUAUGUUUUCCAUGUUUUUUGUACUGAUAGUUGGUAAAACAUAUAUUACAUUUACUAUUUUAAUUGGCUGCUGCAUUGUUUCUUCAGAUGAAUAUUGUUUAGAGUGCU